AUGACCUUGAGAGGAAGCCGGACAGCUGGGCCUCGAGGGCGGGAAUCCUCUCCCACCAGACUCCCCCAAUCCGCUUCCAAUCUCUCUUCGACCAACUCGACCGCAGGCACCAACCCGGUGUGCAACGCACCAAUGCUCAGCGCGUCCUCUAGCCACUCGCACUUUUCGUUUAAUCGAAACGGCGAUGCUGCACGCCAGUCCUCUGGCUCUUACGACUUCCUCCCCUCUGUCAGCUUCGACGACCUUCACGCUAGUAUCGAAUCCGCGUCGACCGACUUCAAACUCACCCAGUUUCCCUCCCCCACAGGAACUGGUAGCAUCCUCGACCACAAGGGCAAGCCUGCUGCCAAAUCCUCGGACAAGACGAGCUCGGCGCAGAUGGCCACUGGCAGCAAUCGAGGCUCCGUUCCCUCGGCGACAACGACAACGGCUACACGCGCGGGACGCUCUGGCUCCAUAAUCGGGAAACCCAACCCUUCUGGUCGGCAGCCCAGCACAUCCUCAAUCGCCUCGUCAUGGUCAUCAUCUGGAGAAGGCCUCACGGCUCCUGCCCCAGUCCGCGCCCGCCGCCAGAGCCAGUACCCCCCCGUCUCCAAUGUCAGCACGGCCGCCAAGGCGCCUCGCAAAUCGGUAGGCCCUGGUAUUCUGGUUGACUCGGACACAUACUCUAGUGCCCAGCGUCGACGGCCGAGCAUCAUCUCCGAUCGUGCUGGUUCGGAUUCGACUAGGACUUCGAUCGAUGGUUCCGAUUCGACCAGGCCAUUCAACACCUCCCGAGCCUCCAAGGCCAAAUCUGUCCAACCUCCCCCGCGCGUUGCCCAGCCAGGCCUCAGUGCUUAUGGUGUUGAAUCGAACCGUCUGUCGCUGGCCGCUCGCUCGCCACGUCUCAACAGCAACAAUCGUGGCGGCCUCAGCGCGUCCUCGGCCGUCAACAAGAGAGCUUCUAUGAUGCCCGGCACCGGCCACUCAUCUCACGCCAGUGGCUUGGGAGCGAGAACCAUCAGCCCUACAGACACUCGCCGUAUGAAGCGCAUGUCCAUGAUGCCCCCGCCGCCGCAGCCAAUGAGCCAACCUAGCAGCAUGCCACCCCCACCGCCAGUAUCGAUGGACAAUAGAUCGAACUCGGGAUCGCCCUUGAUCAAUCCAAGGAAACCAUCGCUCACGCCGUCCUCCGCUCGUACCACUCCAGAUCACACCCGAAAAUCGCAUGCCUCUGGCCUUUCGGUUGGCUCCGCCAGCAGUUUCACCAUCACUCAGCCAUCGACUGGCUCCACGCAUCUACGCAACCAGGCAUCGACUUCGAAUUCGCGCCUGCCGGCACCCAAAAAUGGUGGCAUUUCUCAGAACAAUUCUAGUCAGAACGAAGCUGAUGAAGAUGUUCCCCCGGUGCCCGCCAUUCCUAAGGUGUACGAGUCGCCCAAAGACAAUGCGCCGGCUGGUCCAUACUUUAUGGACAAGAAGCGGUCCGCCCUCGGCUCUGUGGAAACCCUCAGCAUACAUAGCAACUCGACGGGCAGUAUUUCAUUGCCUGCAAUGCCCGAACCUGCAAAGCCCAAGCGCCGUCCCAGUGCCCGAAAGAGCACAAUUGCCACAUCCAAUAAAGAGGAGAAGCAGGCAAGCCAAUCCAGAAAGCAUUUGCAGCCCCUAACUCUCCCGCCUCUCAAUCUUGCCCCUCUGAGCAUUCCGACCGCCGCCAAAGUCGCCGCCCUGCAGGAUCAGCCUGUCAAGGAGCCUCCGAGUAGCCCACCGCCUAGUCGACAGGUCCCCAAGACCCCGACGACUCCCAUGACUGCCUCCAAGAGUUCUUUUUUCCAGAACCGCUACGAUGAUACCAUGGAAUUGCCAGCGCUGAGAAGCAGCAGCACUGUACAUCACAGCCACCGAAAGAACGUGUCUCCCCCCGAUGCGGGUUCGUCCGAUUCGUCGUCGAUCAUUAUCCAGGAGCCUAGUAGCCACAAGUACAGCAUGUCACCCUACCUUUCAUCAUCUCUUCCCAAGGGCGGCUUCGAUUUUGAUGGACACAAGCGAACCAAGGCCAGCGGUGACUACGCUACCGUCACUGGCAACUUUACCGAGAACAGGCCCUCGAAGAAGCCGAGCGCCAAGUCGAUUGAUACCAGCAAACAUGUACCAAAGUCGCCGGCGCCGGCGCCCACUCCUGAUGAACCGCCUACACCUUCGUCCAUGAGCUCACUUCGACGUAAAUUGAGCAUGUCUUGGAAACGCAGCGCAUCCAAGAACCACGGCGAUGCUCACGAUACCGGUGAUAAGUCUUCGCAGGAUGCAGUACCCCGCCUGCCGAUGUCAGCCACGACAAACAACCUGUACAAUGCCAAAACCCGUAGCCCAACGAUGUCGGCUGCCAUAAACACUUCUAACGAGCAGCGAACACGAAAGAGUUCUGCUCAAAGCCUGACAAUGCUACCCCACUCGAAAAGCGAAUCCUGGGGCAGUCGCAAGGAGACUGGUGACUCCAACACGAUGCCUCUCAGCCGAAUCAAAAAUUCUGCCACGUCCAAGUCCCUGAAACCAAAGAGCUCAUCGACGACCUUGCGACAGGCAGGCGCCUACAGCGCAAACGAACUCGACAAGGAUGAUUUGGCAGCCAACGAUGAGAUGCGCAAGAUGGGUUCCCGACGCAAGGAGACUGACAUUGCCGCUCGAACUUUAGAUGCUCUCAAGAAGAGGGCGACUCCGAAGGAGCGUGUGGGUCCUCAGGAAGCCAUCCGUAUCGCCAUGCUCAAUAUUUACGAACGAGGCGAGAUUAUUGACUAUAACGAUAUUUACUUUUGCGGUACGCAAAGCGCUCGUAAAGUCGUGGGCGACUUGCAGUCGGAUGCCCCGAAUUUCGGCUAUGACGAUGACCGCGGUGAUUACACCAUUAUAGCCGGCGACCACCUAGCAUACCGCUAUGAGAUUGUAGAUAUCCUGGGAAAAGGUAGUUUUGGACAGGUACUGCGAUGCAUUGACCACAAGCUCGGAAAGCUAGUAGCCAUCAAAAUCAUCCGUAACAAGAAGCGCUUCCACCAGCAAGCUCUGGUAGAAGUCAAUAUCUUGCAAAAGCUUCGCGAAUGGGACCCUCAAGAUAGGCACAGCAUGGUCAACUUUACGCAGAGCUUCUACUUUCGCGGGCAUCUGUGCAUAUCCACUGAGCUGCUCGAUAUGAACCUCUACGAAUUCAUCAAGGCGCAUUCGUUCCGCGGCUUUUCUCUCAAAAUCAUUCGCCGCUUUACCAAGCAGAUCCUUAGCUCCUUGAUUCUCCUCAAGCAGCGCAAGAUUAUCCACUGCGAUUUGAAGCCGGAGAACAUUCUGCUCAAGCAUCCUUUGCAUUCCGAACUAAAGGUCAUCGAUUUCGGCUCGAGCUGCUUUGAGAACGAAAAGGUUUAUACCUAUAUUCAAUCUCGUUUCUACCGAUCCCCAGAGGUUAUCUUGGGAAUGACUUACGGUUUGCCAAUUGACAUGUGGAGUGUCGGCUGCAUCCUCGCUGAGCUCUUCACUGGUGUACCCAUUUUCCCCGGCGAGAAUGAGCAGGAACAGCUUGCUUGCAUCAUGGAAGUUUUUGGUCCACCCGAGAAGCAUUUGAUUGAGAAGAGCACCCGCAAGAAACUCUUCUUUGACUCGAUGGGCAAGCCUCGCUUGACAGUGUCGUCCAAGGGCCGCAGAAGACGCCCUUCCUCCAAGACGCUCCAACAGGCGCUCAAGUGCGACGAUGAGGCCUUUGUCGACUUUUUAGCACGCUGUCUGCGCUGGGACCCUGACCGCCGCCUGAAGCCCGAGGAUGCUGUUCGUCACGAAUUCAUUACCGGUCAGAAAAUGGCUCCCGUGCCUCGCAUGCCGACAAGAGAGUCGUCUCCGGUCAAACGAAACAAUACCAUAACCAUGUCGAGACCUUUGCCGGAUCCUCCUAAGGGUCUCGGCAUGCUGCGCACUGUACCCAGUCCGAGCAAGGGUUCCGUGCCGAUGAAUGCAGCAUCGAGACGAGUUUCUGGAGCGACAGGUGCCACGGCGGCAAGCCUGAACCGACGCACAAGCGCGGGGCCAGGCAGUGUGACAUCUUCAUCUAGCGGGCUACCACGAAUCACAGCUCGAUCAGCAAGUGGAAAACCUGAUCUCGCCGCUGCAGGCGCUUCAGCAGCCAUGAACCGCCGAGUCUAG